AUGUCAAGCUACGAGACGUCCCUACGAUCCGCACUCUCCUCGAUGCCUUCGGCGGGGCACGUCACCCUCAUCUUGCCCUUCACCCCGGCGCUCCUGCCCGACCCCACACCUCUCCUGCCCAUCAUCUUCCAAGCGCUCAUUGCGCUGCCCGAGAUCGCUCUCUUUGUCUAUUUCAGCACGCCUCCUGGAGUAUCAGAGAAGCACGAUCAGCUAUAUGACGUUCUUAGCCAGAACCCUCGGGCCAACUUUGAUGUCCUCCAGAGCUUCCUCGCGCAGGUGUAUGCGACGCUUGCGGCGGGCCAGUGGGAGAGCGGCAAGGUGGACGUCAGUGUAGAUGUGGGGUUUGCGGGGGUGGUUGCUGGGCAGGAGAAGCGGAUAAGCGAGGAGAGCGAGCUGGUGCUCUAUCUUGAUGACUACGAACCUGCCGGUAUACUCGCUUCUACACCCAACAGCAUUCAGCGUUACUCCCUCCCAUCGCCCUCAUUCCCCUCGUCUUCCUCGUCAACGUCUACAUUCGCUCCUUCCCCGCCCUCACCCGGACCACGCGUCGUCGCCCUCGGCGGGACAUUCGACCACCUCCACGCCGCGCACAAGCUCCUCCUCCAGCUCGCGCACUUCCUCUCGACCCGCAAGCUCAUCGUGGGCGUCAUGUCCGACUCGCUCCUCUCUUCCAAGGAUCACUCGGAGUAUAUUGAGCCCGGCCCUACACGCGAGUGGGCAGUCAAAGACUUCCUCCUCAGUCUAUCGGGAGACGGCCGGGCCGAGACGAAGAGGAUAGAGCUGAACGUGCUGGAGAUACACGACGGGUUCGGGCCGACUCGGGACGAGGAAGAUAUCCAGGCGCUUGUCAUUUCUGAGGAGACCAAAUCGGGGGGUGAGGCCGUCAAUGCCUUGAGGAAGAAGAAUGGGCUGGCGGAGCUGGAAGUUUGGAGUAUCGAUGUCAUCUCGGCGGGGACGCUGCGGGCGUUGUAUGGGACCGGCGAGGAGGGCGAAGAUGGGAUUGUAGGUUUAGGGAUGGAGGGGGCAGGGCGGAGUGGGCGGAGUGGGCGGAGUGGGCGGAAAUCGCCGGAAUAUGGGAGCGAGGGCGUGAGUAGUACCAAGUCGGGCAUACUCAAGGGGCUGGAUGAGAAGAGGUUGAAGGCGGAGAAGAUGGGAAGUACGGCAAUUCGCAAGAGAUUAGCUGAGGGGAAGGCGUAUGAGGAGCGGCAGAGAAGUGGUGGCAAUAGCGUCAGGGGUGAGCUGUGA